GGCUCCGCUGAGUGUCACGUGACGCGCGCCGUACUGUGGGGCAGAAGAAGCUCUUGCGAAAACUCGGAUGGCGGAGAUCACGCAACAAUAAUAUUCGGUUUAACUUUUGUCAUGGAGCUGAAAUGAUGGAGAAGCAGACAGAAGAAGCUCCUUCGUUAUUAAAUACAGAGGAAGAGAGCUGCGCGAAAGAUAAAGUGUGGUGUUUACAGCGGGUGGGGAGAGACUGUGACUGGCUACAUUUGUCUGAGGACUCAGAGGUUUCUGUUGGUCGUGGAUUAAAUGUGACCCAUCAGAUCCUGUCAGCCAGCUGUCCGCUGAUGAUCUCCAGAAAUCACGCCGUAUUCAAGCAGAAUGAUGACAGACAGUGGACAGUGACCGACAAUAAGAGUCUGAAUGGCGUGUGGGUGAAUGGGAUUCGGAUUGCUUCCGGCCAGCCCUGUUUACUCCAGCAGGGGGAUUCCGUGAGAUUCGGGGUACCUCUGGAUGGUAACCCCAUAGAGUUCGAUUACAUCCUUGUCAACCGCAGCUUCAACGAAGUGAAAUCGUUCCUGUCUGGAAAUACUGCCAAAGAAUCCAGUUCAGCGUCCACAGGCCCGAAACUCAAAAACUCUAAGCGGAAGUUCGAUGGAGACGAGUCGGAAUCUGGCCCGAUGCAGCACUCCAAUUUCAAGCUGUACCGGUGUUCCGAACCGGAUAAGUCGCGCGCCCAGCCCUGCCCGCCUGCCGCACGCAGAGUAACUGAGAAAUGCACGUCUAGGCUUUUGGAGGAACCGGACAGAUCCAGUGAAAAAGCUGGAAGUUCGAGCGGUUGCAAUGAAAGCAGCCAGCAGCUUGCUGCGGUACAUCGCUACAAUCAGAACCUCAUGGUGCUGAAGAGCCGAGUGGGUGACACACAAAAACGUGCGGCUGAGCUGGAACGCCAACAGCUGGACAAUCCGGAGCGAGAGCGGGAGAAGCAGGAAUUGCAGGCGCAGCUGGAAUUGAUGCGGGGUCAGCUAAAGGCACAGCGAGAUCAAGCGCUUCAACGUAUAGAGAGCUUGGAGAAAUCAUUUUGUGAGGAGGAACGACGCCUGGAGUUUGAGAAAGCUCAACACAAUGAGGAGGGCCUGAAGAAACAACUUGAGGCGGCGUUAACAGAGCACCGGAAAGUUAUCAAUGAGCUCAUGCAUGCUCGAGAAGGAUUCAAAGAGGUUCUUCAGGCCAAAGAUAAAGAGCUGGAAGUUACAAAGGAAGAAAAAGAGAAGGCCAAAGCACAGAAAGAUGAGGUCGUGUCCCAGAUGACAGAAGUCCUGGAGAGUGAACUUCAGUGUAGUAUCUGUUCAGAGCUCUUCAUUGAGGCUGUGACAUUAAACUGCGCCCAUAGCUUCUGUCAGCACUGUAUCGGACAGUGGAGAAACCGUAAAGACAAAUGUCCAAUGUGCUGGCAGACCAUCACGUCUCAAACCCGAUCUCUGGUUCUGGACAACUGCAUCGAUCGCAUGGUGGAGAAUCUGAGCACUGAUAUGAGAGAGAGACGCCUGGCAUUGAUCAGUGAACGAAAAGGUGAGAGGUCAGCCAGCAGUCGCGACUCCAGCCGUAGUUGUGAUCCACGAUGACAGCAGCAGUGAUACAUCUUUACCAAGCGACAGCUCCGUGCUCGCAGACUCCUCAGAUUCAGACUCCUCACUAGUGCAUUUUCCUAGUGAUGAAGACUCAUCCUGGACUGAAGAGGAGGACGAGGAAGAUUAUCUUUGAGAAAUAAACAGACACUCGUGUAUGAACAACACAUGCACAGCUUUUCUGCUCGGCUCUCUUUGUCCAUCUUAUUUUUUUAUGUUCGUAGUGCAUUGUAUAAUUAUUAGUAGUUGUCUUUGUUUAAAUAAAGUACGUUUAUCAUUU